CUCUUCCAGAUCCAUGCACUUCAAAUUUGAAAAAGACGUGGAAUUCAUGGAUAUUCCAGGAAAGCGCUUCAUUAUUCACCCUAACUCUGUCGCAUCUGAAGUAGUACUUCCCGAAAACGAAUGCUUCUGUGUCGAAGGCGAUUGUCUUGGAGCGGGACUCCUGGAGGUUUCCAAAUGUCUUCACGGGAAACCCGUCGUGAUGUCCAGUCCCCAUUUCUACGUUCCCGAAGAAGCUGGAGACUCUGGGUUCAAUGAAUCCCUCAUUCACGGAAUAUCACCCUCGAAGGAGGCACACGAAACCAUCGUCGACAUAGAGCCGAUCACCGGCGUCAUCAUCCGAGCCGCCAAGAGGCUCCAGGCCAAUAUUAAAGUGCGAAAAGUUCCAGAUUUCAAUACAUUCGAAAAUUUCCCUUCCAUGGAAUUACCUGUUUUCUGGGUGGAAGAGAGUGCCAAACUGGACGAGGAAUCUGGGAAAAAAUUGUACGAUAAAGUGUUGGGAACACAAAAAUACAUGACCAUUGGUUCCUGGGUGGCUUUUGGGCUUGGGAUCGUCCUCAUGAUAGCCGGUGGGAUCUGGGCCAUUGGGAGCCGGAACAGGGAAUAAAUUGCUCUCCGCUUCUCUCCAAAAGUGAGAGGCAGCAAAAAGCAAAUUAUAUAACUCUAGUGAACAGUUCUUGUCGAAUGAACAGUUCUUGUGAAGAGCAUAUUUAACAGGAAGCACUGCUAUUUAUGGAACCACAAAUUCUUGAAUAAAUAAAAGAGAUGGCUAUCCGA